AUGGAAAGUUUGAAUUCUGCAACUAAGGAAAUUCAAGAAAUUAAAAAUGCUGCCGCGGCGACUGAAAAGGGGACUGCUUCGCUUCGCAAAGAAAAUGAUCAUUUGAAGGCUGAAGUCGACAAAUUAGUAUGUCGCAACAUACGUCUUGAAGCUCAGUCAAGAAGAAGCAACUUCAGAGUUUACGGUGUCAGAGAUUCUCCACAUGAAACUCCAGCAGAAACCGAGCAAGUGUUGAGAAACGUCCUGUUACAACAGCUUCAAAUACCUGAAGAAGACGUAAACAAUAUGAGCUUCGAAAGAGUUCAUCGAAUUUCUAACACCCGAGCUGUUAAUCAAACCAACAAAUCUAAGAGUCCGCGCCCAAUAAUCGCCAAAGCCAGCUUUUAUCAAGACAAGGAGCAAAUUUUUUCAUACGUUAGAAGCUUACCAAAAGGCUCAAAGAUCGGUGUUGCCAGUGACUUCCCAAAAGAAAUUGCCGAUAUGCACAAGAAACUUUACCCAAUCUUGAAAGCUGCUAAAGCCCAGAAGAAAAAAGCUUUCUUUAAUGUCGACAAACUUAUUAUUGAUGGGCAAGUUUAUCGUGGAAAAGAAACUAAAGAUCUUCCUCUGUACGGUAAAGUUAUGGUACAUGAUUAG